AUGGCAAAGAAUGUGGAAAAUACAAGUUAUCGGAGACUGGAUGUGGACGCAUUUGAUCCAGAGAAAUUCAUGGACUGUGAAGAUGCAGGAAGUGCCUCAAUGGGACCCGAUGAAAGACUUGUUAAUCAGCUGUUGCACUCAGGAAAGCAUUCAGAUGCGUUGAAAGCAUCGCUCUCAAAUCCUCCUUUGAAAUGUAAAAAUCAGGCGGUUAAGGAUCGUUCAACGGCUUUAGUAACGAAAGUCUUAAUGAACGUAAAAGUCACUGAUAUGGAAGCUAUCGUGAGAACUUUAACAGAUGAUGAAGUGAAUCUGUUGAUGAAAUUUAUUUACAGAGCAAUGGAUACUCAGGCUGACAACAUAACCUGUCAAUAUCUGUUGUUUUGGCAUGCGCAGGUGCUAUCUCGUGGUGGAUACGGUGCUAUUAUUCGUGUAUUCUGUGAUCGGCAGCGAUUGUGA